UAGAAACUAACGCAGUGGAAAUUAAUAAGCUGAAUUUGGCUAUGAAAUGUAGGUUCAAAUCAGAAUCAGAUGAGAUCAAUGCACGUCAUUUGUUAACUCAAUCAAGAUAUGAGGGUGUUUGAUUUAGAAAGCAAAUUGGCUCAAAAUAUGUUUAAAGGGACAUCACAUGAUCAAAAAUAAAACUUGAAAACUAGAAACCCUAAUUAUAUAUCCCAGUUAUAAACAGUUGAGGGUGCAUUGUUCAUUAUACUAUACCUAUGCCAAGAUCCCAAACAAAGACAACUUGUCUAUUUGAACAUAUUUGUGCUAGUGCAGUGUUGUGCCCAUAUUAUUUAUUGGGUUUUAUAGCCAUGUGGUUCUCCCCCCUCCCCCAGAUUGUGGAUCACGACCAAUGGUGAAGGAGCUGAAACAUUCUCGCAUUGUUGGAGGCAUAGACUCCCUCCCUGGAGCUUGGCCUUGGUUAGUGAGUGUCCAAAUACCCACAAGAAAAGGUCACAGGCAUUCCUGUGGGGCCACUCUCCUGGAUAAUAAGUGGAUUCUUACUGCAUCACACUGCUUCAAGACACCAGAGAAGAACCUCAGUGCUUGGAAGAUUGUUAUUGGUGCUACUCAGCUCUCAGCACCAAACCCAAUGACAGCAGAGAGGAAAAUUAAAAGCGCUUAUAGACACCAGAAUUACAACCCCACGACUGAAUAUAAUGACAUUGCACUAAUAGAGUUGGAUCGUCCAGUACAUUUCAACAGUUUCAUCCAGCCAGGCUGCUUGCCGAAGCCUGACCUGAGCAUUCUCAGCAUGACUCACUGUUAUGUAGCGGGUUGGGGCAUCACACAUGAAGAUUUCGUGACUCCAGCUGAUAUUCUUCAGGAGGCAAAAAUAAACCUGAUCCCACUUACAAAAUGUAACAGUACUGAGUGGUAUAAUGGAGCAGUGACAUCUCUCAACUUGUGUGCAGGGUUUGAGAAAGGAGGAGUUGACAGCUGUCAGGGGGACAGUGGAGGGCCUUUGGUGUGCAAGGAGGAAGUGAGUAAAACGUAUAUUGUAAUUGGAGUCACAAGCUGGGGACAGGGCUGUGCUGAAGCCAAACACCCAGGGAUUUACACCUCCACGCAGCCUUUCCUUGAUUGGAUCACAAAGACAAUGAGCGGGACACACACAGGUGGACAGCUUCCUCUGGACAUGAUGAAAACCAACACUAAACAUAUUUCAAGGAGCAUGGCUGUAAAAAAACCAUCUGCUUCUGGCAAUGUCUCCGCCACUAGCAAAAGCUUGGUUUACUGCCUGUGUUCUGCACUUCUAAGUGUACUGCACACAUACCUCCUGGUUUAAAGAGGGCUUCAAUUAAAAUAAAAUUAAAAAAAAAAAAUUUCAGCAAAUUAUUUUAUUAUUAUUAUUGGAAAAGUUAAGAAAUGUUCUAGUAUUACCUUGUUUACAUCAUGUUCAAUAUUUGGCUAGUCUACAGUUUUCUUGUCCCCACUAUAUUUGGAUUAUCAUAAGAAGACUAUAGGUUUCUUCCCCUAUCACAAUUAGCAAUAGUUGUUUCAAAGACACUAUAGAAAAGUUUCUGUUGAUUUUGCUACCUGCUACCUAAUAACUUAAUGUGUUGUAGUUCAAAUUCAAUCCAGUGGUCAGAAUGUGUUACCUGCCAGGACAUGGCAGUUUAUUUACAGUGUAUUUUAAAUAUGUGCAUGUCUGGAGUUAACAUAAAAAGCAGAUGAAAAACCAAAAGAUCCACAGCACAAUAAAAGGAGUUGUGUAGUAAUAAAAUGAUGACAGUUUAAGUAAUGUAGUAUGUUGGUCUAUUGUGUCAAAGCACCUACUGAGGUACACUACAAAUUAAGCACAAAUAAGGUUACAUUUGCACUGCAAUUAACCAUGGUAUUUACCACACUUGUAUUAACCAUGUUUAUCUGUGUUCUGUGAUUUCACUAGGAUUUUACUAUGGCAUGAUUUAAGUAUGCUACACUUUGCUAUGCUAGGCUGUUUCUGUACAAAUAUUAUGGAAAUAAUGCACUAACAAGGGGACACUUGAGACUAUAAAAUCAUGCAUAGACUCAUUAAAAAUGCAAAGAAAUCUAACUGACACCAAGCAUAUAUUUUAUUCAUAAGACCAAAUCUAUGACAAGGCAGUGUGAAUAAAGAUUGUUUUUGUGUUUUUUUUUUUGUACAAGUCCUUUUUUUUUUUAAAGAUACAAGAUAAAUAUUAUUUAUUACAUACUGAUGUGCUAUAGUUAUACAGUGAGGAAUAUCAGUUUAAUUUCAAAAUUACAUCAUUAUGGAUCAUACAGCCUAGAUUAAUCCAUCUGAGAAAUGAUGCCAGUCAGGGAGGGGGAAGGAGAGCAGGAAAGAAGUAGCUGUUAGUUUUUUAAAUGCCAUAAGCCUCUCUUUCAUCAAAACAAAACUGGUUGUGUCUGCAGAAAUAAAAAGCAACGGAACAGAUUAUCAAGAAUACCAUAGCAAUUUGAAAUGCUUUUUGUGAAUGCAACUGCAAUACAAGAUCUGCACUUCUGCAGAGCAGGGAAUAGUAAACAUUUGUUCAUAAACAAAUGUGUCUUAUACUGCAUACAGUGCAUGCCAUUUGCCAUACAAAACUACUGCUGCAUGGCAGAGACAUGCUUGUACAAACUUUUACACAAAUAUCAGCAGUGUUUGUACAAAAUUAAUCUUGCUUAUCACAUAGUGGUCCAAAACAAAUACAAAUUAACUCUGGUUAUUAAAUAAACAAACAAAUAAUAUUCCUUUCAAAAGAAAACAAAUGUGUCCUGUGCAGUUUACUUCUUGAUAGGUGUUUUAAUGUAACUGUAUCAUCGUUUACUCCACAAAAGUACACUUUUUAAAUGGCAUUGAUGCUAAACUACACAAGCAAUGUUUUUUUGUUUGUUGUUUUUUUUUUUGUAUAUACCGGCAUUAGAAUUAUAAUGAUCAAGAAAGCAGAUUGUAUUUUACAUUAUUAUUUAUUGUUAUUCCAGUCACAACCCAAUUUCACUUACCACUUUUGGUUGCCAUGGGAAUACUAUUAAAAUGAAGUAUGUCUGGAAAGAUGUAAGCUAUUUGCAUUAUUAUAGAUGGUGCAGCACAUAUCUACAUCACAAUCUAUUCAGUAAAUGUUGCCAUGUAACAUAUUUUUAUUAUCUUCUCAGAUUAUGAACCUUGUAUUCCUAUAUAAAAUUGGACUUCAUUGCUUGGUGUGAUGUUACUUUAAUGGUCGUUCUCUUCUAAGCUUAAGUAUUGAACAGUUAUCUAAUUUCAUCAGAAGCUUGCUCAAGGUCAACAAUUUCAACCAUCAGACAAUUAUCCAUCCAAUAAAGAGAGCAAGAACUCAGACACUGUGACACACAUAUCAAUUCCCUAUAAAUAGGAAAUAAAUAAUGAUUGUUUGGUAAAUAUUCCAUUAAAAUAAGUUGGCCUCUACUUGCAUGAGCAAUUUAGCAACAGCUCUGUGCAAACUGCUGUGGGGGUACAUUAAUUUACAGUAACAAAUCAUUCAAAAUUUUUCUUUUUUCUACGUUUUUGUUUUAGAAUUCAUCAGGAUGAAUUUGCAAGCAUUUUUGUAACAGAUUUGAUUAAAGACUAUUUGGCGCUCUAAAGGCUAAGCUUGUCACAAACGCUUUUUAUAGUCAUGCCAGACCACCUGACUGUUGUGGUACAAUGUGUGGGGUUUAUGCCAGACAACUGCCCUUGAGGAAACAAAAAUACUUCACAUUUACCAUUUUUGAAGACCCUCCAUGUUGUUGUCUGUUGUUUCAAAUUAUUGUGUAACACCUUCUUGUACAUAAAGUAACUUUGAACAUCAUGUGUGCGUGUGUGGGGCUUCAUUGCAGUCUGCAACUUGUAAACAGGAGGGAUGCCACAAUUCACAAAAUGGAUACAAACUUGUGUCAACAAUUUAGUAGCUGUCGUAAUGAAAAGUGAAUAGUAGGUUCUCAUUCACAUUUGUAUAUACUGUAUACAUACAGCAAAGGGAGGAUGACAUUUUGAAUUUAGAAAAAGAAAUGCACUGGCAAUAUUGUAAUUUUGUACAAAUUAAGAAAUGUCUAUUUAUAGUAUAAAGCACUCGUCAUAUCUGCCAAAUCCUGAAUUUAAACCUUUGAGUGUAACUCCCAAAAGUUACCAGAUAUGGCUCAGUAGAAAUUUAAUAUAAAUUAAUAAAAGGGAAUUCUACUAUUUCCAUUCAAAUGUGCUUUAUGCAAUAGGUCUAAAUGAGCAGACACAGCAGUACUCUAAUAAUGAGCUGAGCCUGAGCACAGGACUGCAGGCUCUUCUGCUCCACGUGUACUGGAAAAACAGGCAACUCACAUGACUCAUUAGAGAAAGAUCAAAUGAAGGGCACAGAAAACUAAACAACCUAUUGGAAGCUUGACUGCCAUACAGUCUCAAUGGAUGACUGGUAAAGUUUCGCUGAUCUGGAAGAAGGUUGCUGUACUUAAAUCCACACAGGGGUUGUUGGGAUGCAUAAUUCAGCAAUAAUUACUACCCAGCUAAACACAGGUAGUCCAUGCAGGCCAGUCAUGCUCUACUGAUGGGAGGUGAAAUGUCAUGGUCUUUGCAGUCACUUCGAGGUUGAAUGACAGAGCAGUUCUCCAACACAUUUGAUAAUGAACAAUGUUAUAAUCAGUGUGCACAUCAAUGAUUUUUUUUUUUAAACUAACAGAACUACCCCCCACCCCAUUGCACAUUCCACCCUUUUGAACAGUUCACUUCUUAAAGUUCUAACACCUGUGGCUGGAGAAAGGAAGUUGUAAAUGUACGGUAUGUUCAAGAAGCAAACAUUCUGUUUCCAUGGUGAUUGUGGUGCAAUUCCAAAACUCCUGCUGCAGAAAUAUGUAAGGCUAGUGGUAAUGACACUGGAAGCAAGAUCAUAUUUACAAGACAGGUGUGUGUGUGAAAGCCUAAAGAAAACCAGGUCAACAAAAACACCAGCACUGACAUCAUGAUGCUUUCACUGUUACCGUUUUGCAACACCGUAUCAACACUAUAAAAACAGCCUGAGCAUGUUUAAAACUAGUAGUGGCCUUCCAAAUGUUACUGAAUGCUACUUAGUUAAAUUCAACUGGUAAUUGCAACUACUUAUAAAUAGAAUAGCAUUAAUGGUCUUAGUUGAGUAGUAUAUUACCUGGCUGUUCAGGUUUUUGAACAUUUGCACUCAGUGCUUGCAGCACAUCAUAUUUUCUUUAGACUUGAAGCCAGUACAAGCUAGCCUGCACCAUUUCAAUAAGCUGCAACACAAUACAAGAUUUUGCUAAAGAAAUAAUUUGUUAAAAAAAAAAUCAGUAGGUAAAUAGACAGGUGUUGACCUGUUAAUUCUUGACAUUUGCACACCCUUUAAUUACAGACACAUAUGAGUUUUAGAAACAGUGUAUGUUUGUGGGGAGAAUGUUAUUGAGGCAGAAAGACAUACAGGGUGGAUAUAAUUCACUAGGCCACAAUAGAACCUGUUCUACAAAAUAUCUAUUUGUGUAAUUACACUUGCAGGUUUCUUUUGAAACCCUGGUCACUCAAUCAGAGUCCCCAUCUGCCAAAUAUAUUUUUUGUUUUCACAUUAGCAUGGCAAUGUGAGAUGCUGACUUUAUAUUCACCUUGGAAAAGCAGAGCAAUAGUAGCGUUUGCAGAGCAGGAAAUAUGCAGCAGUACUUUAAU